UGUGUCGAGGCACAGAAGUUCCUAACACCCACUCCCGAAUUCGUGCUUGAGCAGAUUUGCAAGCACGCUGACAGACUGUCAGACGACAAUGAUCUCUUGGCCCGCCGACGUAACCUUCAUAAACACUCGCUACCAAGACACGGCGCUCUCUCGAGACCCUCGUGAAGAGGUCAUGGAUCAUCUCUACGACGUUCACCAUCUUAAUGGCGGUGACUUCGUCUCCCACACAAACACGCGAAGCACUAAAAUACUCACGCCGGAAGAAUACUCACCGCGUAUGCUGCCUGUCGAUGGUUCGAGGGACGCAUUAGAGGAAGCAUAUGAGAACGCCUCUCGAUAUAAGGUUCAGUCCCGCAGCCGCUAUUCUCCCGAGGAUCGCACUCAGGACUUGUCUUGGGGGUAUGAUCCAGCAAUGGAUAUGACUUCCAUGCAGCUGUCUAUGUCGACCAUGGAUGCUUGGAAAGAUCCAAACUACUGGGACGUUGUGCCACCAACCCCUACCUCUAUUUCAGAGGCGUCCAUCGCUCCCUCAUCGGAUUCAGUUCAUCGUGGGAACUACACCAGUGUUGAGGCAAAUACUGGAGAUUUAAUCAACUUCCAGCGCUUCAUCCGCAAGAUGCAACAAGGUUCGCCGAAGAUAAUAUUGGAUCGACUGAACAAAGACUGGAGCCCACCCGCUACAGAAGAGGAACGCGAUAACCAGGCACUAGAAAAACACUUAUGGGUACUUACCGCCUUCCAGCUCAAAAAGGAGGAGUCCGUCGGGCAACUGCCAGAUAGUGAGCUUCAAAGUAGCGACCAUAGCGGAGAUACCAAGCCCAAACAUGUUCUAGAGAUGUAUGGCAACUUAGCUGAGGUAUACCAACUGUCCGCGAUGAAUCCGCACGACAAGAUAAAAUACUUGUCAACCCGCCAACAAAGCACGGUCCCUCUCCCAUGCAACGUAUCGUACUUGACCGUUCCGCAUGCCGGCAUGACGCCAAUGCCAUAUGCCACGACAUCAUUCGACCGAAUCCGAACAUCAUGUCUUCCAUCUCUCAUCCCGCUCACGAAGCUUCCUCCAAUUCUGCAAGAAUGCAAUCGAAUCCUCUGCCCCGGAGGCGUGAUGGAGGUUCGAAUCGUUCCUCCAUCCCCGAAAAAAGAGACAAUGGGGCCUAAAAUGACUGAAUGGAUGAAUGAACGACUGCUCAUUAGCCUUGAACGUUCGUUUCGAUCCUUACGACCUGCACUGUCCAUGCCAGGAUGGCUCAAAGGCGCCGGUCUCAUAGUGCAGCAACCUACGCAGGUCGUAAAGCUUCCGGCAGCGACCGAUCCAGCGACAGAAGACGUUGACAAUGUCCUAGCAGCGCAUAUCGCACGGACCAUGUGGGCUGACACUUGGGGUCAGCAUAUGGAGGAUCGCCAAGACCAAGAUCGUUGGUGGUGGCAGAGUGAAGAGAUCGUGCAAGAGUGUGUUCAGUACGGUACAGUCUUCGAAUUCGAAACCCUACUGGCGAUCAAACAAUGAUGAACGUCCAUCACGGUCGACUUAAGAGCCACAUUCGGUUGUUCAAUAAUUACUUUUGCGGCGUACACAUGGGAAUCACUCAGGGUUAUGUCUGCAUUCUUUGAGAUAUCCG